AUGAGUUUCUUUGAUAUUCGAAAAAUCGUGGAUCCCGACUUCUGCCCGAAGGUCAUGACCAUGCCUGAGCUUGAAGAAUCAGUCUUUGAACUUCAUCGCAACAUCACUGGCAUUCACACAAUUGUGUGCGGUACGGACUAUUUCCGCAACGCUAUGAUCAUCGACAAAGAAAAUACGAUUUUCACUUGCAAGGACAUCCUCAAGAUGUUCUCAGAUUUCAUGUCGUGGUCUCAAGACAUCCGGAAGUUCGAGAAAAUGGACAAGUUCGUACUCAGAUCGUUGGAGGAGGUUGAAAUAACCUUCCGCCGAGUCAUGAAGUACCUUCUAGGUAAGAGGAAGUUUGAUCAUAUGUAA